CUCUCAUAAGCAACACAGAGCCUCACUUUGAAUCGAGUUGUCAAUAGUCCCAGAUAAUAUUUCUGCAGUGUUCACAGAGUUGAGAUGUGACUUUGUGCAUCAGAAGCAUUGGCAGACCUGGUUGGAUUACAAGAUCUGAACCAAAUCUCUCUCUGUGAAAUAAAAAAGCAUCAAUGGACCCAAACACACCUGCAGACUUCUUCAAAGGUUCUUCCAAGUUUCAUACAUAUUACUCACAGACCAAAAAGGGUGGUGGGGUAAUCGAUCUAGGCCUCAGCCUUAGGACCAUACAACAUGAAACUUACCUCCCACCGGCGCGAAUGAUAGGUCUCGACGGGUAUGGAGAGCUCAUAGACUGGUCGCAGCCCAGCUAUAACAGCAUUACACAGUUGAAGAGUGAGGACACUGGACACCAAAGACUUGCCCAAGGAUAUUACAAUAAUGAAGGAGAGAGCAGAGGAAAAUAUGCUUACGUAAAGGUAAAUCUGGAUGGCCUAGUGGUAGGGCGCAAGGUUUGCCUUGUUGAUCAAGGAGCUUACGCAACUCUUGCUCUUCAGCUCAAUGAUAUGUUUGGGAUGCAGACCGUGUCGGGAUUGAGGUUGUUCCAGACUGAGUCUGAGUUCUCUUUGGUCUACAGAGACAGAGAAGGCAUUUGGAGGAAUGUUGGGGAUGUUCCAUGGAAGGAGUUUGUCGAAAGCGUGGAUCGGAUGCGAAUCGCAAGAAGAAACGAUGCUCUUCUUCCCUUUUAAGCUUUUAAGUCCAAGCUUCUUCUGGGGCGUUCACUGAUUAUCUAAGAUCCAAAUUAGCUCACUUGUGGUUCUAUUGUUCAAUAUCUGAUGUAAUGGAAGCUUUAAGCUAUAAAUACGAUUAUGAAGAGAGGGACAUCUUAAUAACCAACCACCAACAAGACUGGGACAAAUAAAAGAACAAAAUAAAACAAAACAAACGGUAACCACAUUAGUGUCAUCAGGCUUAUGCUUCAAAAUACAUUGCAGCUUCAAAUUUCAAAACAAGCUUUAUGUGCAAUCUCUAGAUGUCUCAAUCGCCGGCCACGGGUAAUCUGUCGAGCGUAUCAGAAACGUGCCUCAUGGUAGGCCUUUUCUCUGGACUGCUAUUCACGCAACUGAUUGCAAUCUUAAGAACAGCAACAAUCUCGUCUUCCGUCUCUGCCUCAGGAGCCAAACAAGGAUCAAGAACAUCACACAAUGGUUUCUUCUCCUCAAUGCAUACCUGUACCCACCGCACUAGAUCCAUUUCCGAUGUCCCCACCUCCACUGCGGGAGACCUACCCGCUAUCAAUUCCAGUAAAAUGAUCCCAUAAGAGUAAACAUCCCACUUCUGUGAAGGUUUUACCAUCUUGAGAGUCUCAGGUGCUUGAUAGUAGGAUCCAGAAGAAGAGUGAGCAGUGAACUCCGAAGAUACGCUCUUGUGAUGGUGUUGUUGCCUCUCUUGCGGCUGUUGAUCCGUUUGGAUGAUUCUGUUAGACUGUAUGGUCGGAGAAGAUCCUCCAGCGAUGUUAGCUAACCGUGCUAGUCCAAAAUCUGAGAUCUUAGGUUCCAUGUCCUGUCCAAUGAGAAUGUUGCUUGGCUUGAGAUCUCCAUGGACGUAUUUCUUGGGACUAAACU